UACUUUCUUAUCGCAUUGCCUGUUAGACAGAAUGUCUACGCACAAAAAGAAGACCAGAAAGCUUCGUGGACAUGUGAGCCAUGGGCAUGGCCGAAUCGGCAAGCACAGAAAACACCCCGGUGGACGUGGUAAUGCUGGUGGUAUGCACCACCAUCGUAUUAACUUUGAUAAAUACCAUCCAGGAUAUUUUGGAAAGCUUGGUAUGAGAAAUUACCAUUUACGUAAAAAUACAAAAUGGUGUCCAGCGCUCAAUCUGGAUAAACUCUGGACGUUAGUUUCAGAACAGACGAGGCUAAAAUAUAAGGAUGCAACACCCGAUAGCAAAGUUCCGGUUAUUGACCUUGUUAGAGCUGGAUAUUAUAAACUCUUAGGUAAAGGAAGAUUACCAAAACAACCAGUUAUUGUUAAAGCUAAAUUUUUCAGUCAACAGGCAGUGGAUAAAAUUAAGGCAGUCGGUGGAGCUUGUAUAUUGAGCGCAUAAAUUAUUAGGAAACUAUCCAAUUCAAGCUGUCAAGAUACAAUUACAUUAUCCUGUACAAUUUUUAAUAAAAGUAAAAUACCAAAAACAUUA